AUGGUUUGGAUUAAGCUGGUGUCGUUGUGUGCACUUUGUGUGGCAGGCAGCUGGGCGCUGUCGCUAGUGGUAUCGCAAGAACAGAGUUACUUUUUUGGCAAAAAACCCGGGGAUCAUCUACUGUGUUAUACGAAAACCAUCACGAAAGGAUCGGCCCUACCAGUCUCGAUUAGUUACACAAAUCCCAACGACAAGAAGAUCAACUUCGUGACGAUAAACGCGGACAAGUAUUCGAUACUUGGGUUUACGGUGGAUAAGACGGACGGUCAGCUGGGCACGCCUGCGAUUGGAUAUCGGAUAAACGGUCCCAGCCCGCUAACGUACUCGAUCACAGUCAAUAUGUACUGUGAGCCUUAA